AAUUCAGCCGGAGCGCAGUACGCACGCGCAUUGGGGCAAGGAACCCAGGCGGCUUAAGGACCGAGAGCAGGGCUCGUUCUGCCCGUGCUCUGCUGAAACUGGAUGAAGGAAAAGAAUGGAUAUGGGUAAUCAACAUCCCUCCAUCAAAAGGUUACAAGAGAUACAGAAGGAAGUCAAAGAGAUCGAACCACAAGUUGCAGCCUUCAGUGGUCUGUCUGGUGACAGAGCUUACAAGAAACUAGAGAGGACUUUAACCAAACAGCUCUUUGAAAUAGAUUCUGUGGACGCGGAAGGCAGAGGGGAUGUUCAGCAAGCCAGAAAGCGAGCUGCCCAGGAAACAGAGAGGCUGCUGAAAGAAUUGGAGCAGAAUGCAAACCACCCCCAGAGGCUAGAGAUAGAGUCCAUAUUUAAAGAAGCUCAAGCGUUGGUGGAACAUGAGAUCACAGCUUUUUACAAAGGAGGCAACUGCAUAACUGAGGAAUUCGAUGAGGGUAUUCAGGAUAUCAUCUUUAGGCUUACUCAGGUGAAAACGGGAGGGAAAGCCUCCCUUCGAAAAGCCAGGUACCGCACUCUGACCAAAGUCUGUGCCGUUCAAGAGAUCAUAGAUAACUGUGCGAAGCAGCAGCCGUCCUUGCCGCUGUCCACUGAUGCACAUCCUUCUGUCGCUAAGAUUAAUUCUGUCAUGUGUGAUGUAAACAAAGCAAAAGGGACUCUUAUUGCUGUUCUAAUGGGAGUAAACAACAACGAGACCUGCAGGCAUCUGUCUUGUGUGCUGACAGGCCUGAUUGCUGAUCUGGAUGCCUUAGACGUAUGUGGCCGCCCAGAAAUAAGGAACUAUCGCAAAGAAGUUGUGGAAGAGAUCAAUAAACUGCAAAAAUACUUAGAUCUUGAAGAAGAAGCUGAUUCCACUUAUGCCUAUGACCUGGCGCAAAACAGGUGCAUUCUAAAGAUAGAGGAAAUCCGCAAGAAAGUGAAAGAGAUGCAUUCCUCCCUUUUGAAAGUAGAGAGAGCUGCAGACUUGUACUUGAAGUGCAAGACAGAGCUGCAGGGGUUAAUUGCCCAAUUGGAUGAAGUAAGUCCUGGCAAGAACCCGUGCAUCCGAGAAGCCAGAAGGCGAGUGGUGAUAGAAGUGCAAACCCUCAUCACGUACAUCGACCUGAAAGAAGCACUCGUCAGGCGGCAGGCCUUUGUGGAGCAAGCGGAAGUAGAACCUCCGUCACACAAAGCCGUCUGGGACAUCCUCGGGACGCUGUCCCAGAUUCUCCAGGAGGUGCUGUCUUUUGAUGGAAACAGAACGGACAAGAACUACAUGAGACUGGAGGAACUCCUCACUAAGCAGCUCCUGGCCCUCGAUGCCAUAGACCCACAAGGAGACGAGCGCUCCAAAGCAGCCAGGAAACAGGCGGUGAAGCUUGCGCAGAAUAUUCUGUACUAUCUAGAUAUGAAAACGGAUGAAUGGGAAUACUAAAAUAGCUGAGGCCUUGUGCUAGACAUUCCAGCCUAUUUUUUUUUUUUUUGCACUUCGUCCCAACCAAUCUUCUGACAAAAUCAAAAGUUGUUAUUUGCUGGGGCUGCGGAAGUGUCGGAUUGGGCUAUGCAGCAGUUGUCUCAUGCUGUCUCAGCCAGGCAAUGGCAGUAGUCCGCUUGCUAUUUGUAUUACAGUUUUGGUCACAGCUUUAUCUCCCCUGGGAUAUGUAGCUCGCGUCUUCUGUCAUGAAGAGCUGUUACAUUGUCCUGCUCUGGUAUUUAGCCCAAACCAUCCUGUGUAGAGAAUUCUUCUGCACAAUGAGCGAAUGCAAGCCGGUCAGAGGUGUUUUCUUUACUGUUUGGUCAAGGUGCAAAUAAUGAAGAGAAUACCAGGAGCUAAAUUUUUCGCCGUAAGCCAGCAUCGACCUUGCUGUUGGUUUGACGGAAUGUUUGGAGAUGCUUAGAUGCGCUGCCGCAAUCCAAAGGAUUAAAUGCAAAUUGCUCACGGCUUUCUUUUUUGGUGUUUGGUUUAAUCUUGCUUAUCUCUCACCUAAAGGUUUGAAGGGUUAUGGGAAGAUUUUGGCAGAUUGCUGUAGGACUGCGUGGUACUAACUUUGGUGUGUGGAGUGACGCUGCAACCUGCCCGCCACAUACCCUGAAGUAGUCCAGUGAGUCUGCACUUAACACGGAUUCAGAUUAGCCAUUUAGGAAGGAGUUUUCCUGUAGAACGCUGGAAUGAAGGAACUGUGAUACUUUAAAAAGUGGAAUAUCAUAGCUUAAACUGGGGGAAAAUAGCUAGUAUUGAAAUACUAUACUAAAGUCUUCAAAUCUUCAAAAAUUAGCUUCUGCUGGCCGUGGAGAUGUUUUGGUUUAACUUUGAUGUGUGAAAUCACUUGCUGUUUGGUACCUUAUCAACUGUUACAUCCCCCCCCCCCCUGGAUCAGGUCGUUGUCUCUUUCUGACAGUAGGAGCUCGAGCAAGCGCUUUACUCCCUAACUUAACCCAGAACCAUUGAUCAUGAUCUUGCCAAGAUACUUCUGUGCUCCAAAUCAUUUUUAGGCUACAAGUUCCUUUGAACAUUCCCUUGGAGAUGUAUGAAUGCAGCAUGUAUUCCCUUUUCGUGUGUCUAGAUAUACUGAAUCCCCUCCCCCUCCUUAAUAGUUUUUGGUCUUUCAAGCAGCCUGAACAGUGAGGUCUUCUUUUUUUAAUUGGUGUAUUGCUGUCUAUUGUAUUACCAGUCUUGAGUAGGUCACAUGUACCAUUUCUCAGCAGCAAAGGGGAAACGGUGGUUUUUCCUCUUUCUCUCACCUUUAGAAGAACCCAGCAGCUAAUUAAGCGUACGUGUUCAGAUCAAUAAAAAUACACCAGUCUAGAUUGUGCGUUUCCCUAUUUACUUGCAGGUUUGGGAAAACAGAAACCAGCAUAGUUUUGCAAAGCUUUUUUUUUAGUGUAUGCUGAAACCUGCAGAAAAUUUACAUAAAUUGUAAAAAAAAAAAGCUUACUUGAGUAGUAAUUUUUAGUAUGCAAGGAGAACUGACUUGUAAAGAAUUACCAACACAGCCGCUUUCAGAUAUUGCAUUCACAUCUGUAUAUGAAGUUUUAAUACAUGAUUAGAAGAAACCAAGCUUCUCUUUAGGAAACAAGUGCCUUUUAGGUGACACUUGAAUUUAUGGCACAUAUAUAGCUAUGGCUGUUUUAGAGUUGGCCUCUUGCUACUUCUUGGUAAAGUGUCUCCUGCCCAUGGGAUCACUUCUUACUAUUCAGGGGUAGUAUGUCUCAGAAGAAUUUUACCUUUUUGUUUUUUACAGGAAUAUAUAAUUCUCAUAUUAGCAAGCAGUGGAGGUCCAGAUAGUUGAGUUUAAGACAAAGACUUGAGAGGCCAGAGUUCUGUUGGCAUUGGACUCAGUGACUCUCUGACCAUGGCCCAAAUCGCUCGUACUUUUUCUGUGCCUCACUUUCUCACCCGGAAGAAAAAUGUGUUGGCUGUCUUUAUUUUGAAAAUGCUUUUUUUGAGGUUGCUAAAGAACUUGUUCAAAAUGUUGACUUUUAAACUAUUCCUUUUGUCAAAGGUAUCUGCCUGGCAGAUCUCUUGUCAAAAUUAUAGAUUUGGUUUUUGUCUAAGCUAAAUAGAACCCAUUACUGUAUAACAGACUGACUAACUGACCACUUCAUCAUUAGUGUCUGUCUUGUAACCUUCCCUGCUUGUUUUAAAAAUAGUAUAUCUACCUUUUUAUGUUGAGUUCUGGUCUCGCUAUCAGUUUAUGAAUAAUUGAAAUAUUUCACUGUUAGUCAGGUUUUCUUUAGCCGCUAUGACAUUGUGCACACGUAUGGCUCAUAGGAAGUAUGUGUGCACACGCAGUUCCAUAUGGCUCAUACAGAGUUUCUGUGUGACUUGGAUUCUUUCCUUGAUUGCUUUCUAGGGCUGCAUUCUGUGUUUCCCUUGACCCUUGCUUUUGAAUUUAUGUUCAGUAGGGAAGCCCUUAUUCAGGGUUCCAUAUGUAUAUUUCAGCUUUCAUAUUGCAUAAGGAGCCCCUAGGUCUGUGUGUGGUGUUGUAUGUAUGUGUGAAAACAGUAACUGAAUAAUAUAUUGCUAAUGUUUCAAUAACAAAUUGAUAGAGAACACUUUCCCCCAGCGAUUUCUUCUUUCUGUUUCCGUAAACCCCUGUAAAAUGUUCAUAUAUUCCCCAUGUCAUGGAAAUGUUGCUAUUUCUAUAGCAAUUACUGUCGGCUGCCAUUAUUUUGGGGAUGUUCUAAGGUUUGUUCCUCAAGCUUCCCGUCAGAGCUAUACAUUUCACAGAGCAAAUGCAUAAGGAUGGUGUGAUAAGGGUUAGAUGCUGUUGCUUUGGGACCUGUUGAAAAAUAGUUACGCUUUUACAAUCAUCUGCUCGUAAGUUUAAUGUGCAAUACUAAUCCUGAGAUCCUUGAUACAGUAUCAAGACAAUGCAUGAAUGAAAAUGCUGAACUCAAUUAAAUAAGCUAGACCACACACAAACAAAAAAAGGUAGACCGGUACGUGGAUUUUAAUAAAUCCUUGUGUUGUGAUUUUUUUAAGAAUGUGUUUUUUUUCUAUUUAAUAAGCAAACGGACUAGGACGUGUGCUCCUUGCGUGCUUUUCAUUGCAGUGGGCUGAAAACAUUUCCUGCUGUUGACUCACUCGACACUGGACCAAUUCAGAGUCUGCAUUUUGUUAAUUUAAACCCGUGUGUGUGUGUUGGCGCGCGCACAGUGCCAAGACAUUGUCAGAAGAAAAACAAAUGGACGUAAUUUUGCUGAGUCGUUAAGCAUCAUGAUAUUCAUGUUUUUCUGAUUAUGAUUGUAUCCUUUAGGAGCAGGGUUGGUCCAAAGCAACCUUGUUCUGAUACUCUUGCCAGCAUCCGUGGUCAGUGGUCUUUCCUCCAGUUGGUCUGGUUUAACUGUCCUUUUGCUGAGAUCUACAAACCAUCAAAGAGAAAUUCCCCCCGCCCCCCGCCCUGCACUUAAGUGCCGGCAGCACUCAAAAGCAGUACGGGUUGUGCUGUUUAAUGGACGCAAAUCUUCCUUUUCAGAAUGUGUGUAUCAACUUAUUUUUAUGUAUACUGUUGGCUUCUUGUGUUCGAAUACGACGUUAAAUACU